AUGUACACCUGCAUCGACUGUGGCCGUGUUGAUCCUGGCCCCGACCUUGACCGAACCAAACCUUCCUUUCUUGGCAAAGCCUCGACUACCGCCGCCGCCUUGCUGUGUCUCUGCGGCUUGCGUCCUGUUCUGUCGACAUUCAUCUUUGUUGCUCAUAUCGAUGAUCCGCAUCCCCAGGUCGACAUCGACCAUCAAUCUUCGCCCAUCGACUUCGACCAUCGACUUCGUCCAUCGAUCGUCGACGCCCAUCUCUCGACAAACAUAAAAGACGGCGUCCUGCUCUUCCUUUUCCAGCAACGUCGUGUUUAA